AUUGUUUGGUUCCAAACAAUUUCCUUUCCUUCAUCCCUGAAGGAAGCCACAAGAAAAACGGAUCAUCUGUGUAUCCCUUAUCCAUGAUUCUGGUUUCCUUUUGAAGAUGGUCCAAAGGAAGGUUCCCAAUAAAAAGCUUGGCGUCCAAGCUGAUGAUGUUAAAUCCGAGAAGCAGAGGCGGUUUGGAAACCUGACAAAAUCCUCAUCUUCUUAUCACUUGGAUGGGAGAAGCAGAGGACCUGAAUUGAAGAAGAGAAUGAAGAAGUCUAGAUCAAUUAAGCUCUCAGAUAUUGAGGGUUUAAGAUCUUCACCUGUGAAGAAAACCAUGGCACAGCCGGGAAAGUUUCCUCCUCUCCAUGUUGGAACCCCACAGAAGCAGCUUUUGAUCAAAACAGUUGAUGGGUCACCAAACUACAUGAAGUCCACCAGCAGUUCAGAGGCAAAGAAGGAGAGUUCUCAGGUAAGUUCCUGGAAUUCAGAUAGCAAGAAUCUGCGUCGAAAAAUUUUGAAUGCUUCAAAGCUGGGCUCUGUUUCUAGUAGUAAAUCUGCUAGGACUCUGGCAAAGACAUCUAGCUUCAAGCUGGUGAGGUCUUUAACGAAGACUACCAGUUUUAAGCCGGCAAGACCUUCAGCCAAAAAAUGUUCUAGAGUUGCUCUGUGUGCAGAUAUGGAUGCACAGAGAGCUACCUGUUCUUCAACUCUCAAGGACUCAAAGUUUCCCCCUUAUCUCAUGCUUAAUCCUGGGGGAACAGAGUCUGAGGGAACCUCAGUUAUGAAGGUCUGUCCGUACACCUACUGCUCGCUUAAUGGUCAUCAACAUGCUCCUGUGCCACCAUUGAAGUGCUUCUUAUCUGCAAGAAGACGUUCAUUGAAGACCCAGAGAAGUAUGAAGCUGGAAUUGCUGAGUCCGCGUAAAGCGAAGGCUUUUGCUAAUGGAACAGAAGAAAUAGGCAUAGAGCAGGUGCUCUGUGAUGAACAACCUGCUUUAUCUCCAUUGGGACAGGGAGGCAUGGAAUUUUUCAUUGAAAUAUAUGCCAAGAACAAGGGAUAUCAUGCUGAAGCAAACGACGGAACCGCAGACAAGGAUUUGGAGGGUACCACAGAAUCUGAACAGCACAAUUUUUCUUCCGGAGGCAGCAAUGGAGGAGCAAUAGGAGAAGAUGAUGAUAAACAAAUUUCAGAGAGUCUAUCUGAGGGAUCACCGCACUCUGAAAUUGAUUUUGAUGACAAUCUUGAGGAAUGCAGUGAAAUUAUUUCAACAGAAAUGAAGAAUGAUGCAGAAGAAGAUUCACUACUAAUUUAUUCAACUCCAGGGAACUUUUGCAAUGGUCAUGAUUCUGAAGGGGAAUGUAAUUCAAGCAUUGAAACAGAAGACAUCAUUGGUGUUGGUAUGGAGUGGGAGGGAGAAGCCUAUUCUGUUUCAGAGUCUGAAAAUGAAGCCCAUUUUUUGAUGGAGACUGAUGAUGAAUCUCAUUUCAGCAUCAAGGGUUUAUCAGGACCUGAGAUUAGCUUGGAUGGCAUUGUAAACAACUCCAGUCAGAACAUUCUGAGUGAUGGAGUAGAGCAAGAAGUCUUUGGAGAUGAUAGUGCACAAACCGACAAUUUCAGUCAAAUUUCUUGCACCUUGGAUCAUGAUCAAGUUUCCUCCACAGAAGAUGUUUUUGAUGUACCAGCAAUGGAGAAAGAAGAAGCUGAAGCAGAUCUGAUAGGCAUUAUGACCAUUCCAGCUUUGACAAAGGAGCAGCUACUUGAGGAGAAUAAAGUUAUGGAAACAGAGAAUCAGUUACCCAGAGAGGCUAAAAGCAACUGUGCCACUGAAUAUAUUGAUGGAGCCUUGAAAGAAACUAACAACAUUUGGCUUCAUUUACUUGAUGAGACAGAGCAAGAUGAAAUGAAUGAAGAUUAUCAUGGAACUCAGACAUUGGAGAAUUCGGAAGCAGAUCAGAUCGAGGCCACAAUCAGUAAUCUCAGUCCAGAGCAGGAACUUCCCUGUGUAAAGGAUGGAGCUGGAAUGGAAGAGGAGGUAGCUGAAGCUGAGCUGUUGGCCGGAAACCAAAUUUCUAACUCAUCCCAAGGUUUCUCAGGGGUUGAUGAAGUUGAUCAUAAGGUAGAUGACAACCAAAACAACCUGACGAUUGAAGCUUGCCCAGUUGAUAACAAUCUUGAAGAGGGUUAUUCAACUCAAGAUACUGUUGAUGAAAGCCUUUCUGCCAACAGUCAAGAUCAUCUGUCAGAUUGCCAAGGCCAAUUUGAGAGCACAAAUGUUGUUGAGAAUACAGGGUUCUUGGAGGAAGGCCAAGACAGAACUAGAAAGUAUAAAAUCCCAAGUUCCAUGGAGUCUGACGAGCAGAAGAAUUCAAGGAUGCAUAAAAACCGUUUAGCUGAGGAAAAUAUAGAAUCUGAGAAGAUGGAAGUUGAAGGAAAUGAUGGAUUGGAUGUAGCAGAAAUAUUUGGCACAGCGAGUGAUAUCAGCAACCAAAAAUCGGAAAGCACCUUCUCCCUCGCAGGAAGCCAAAUGAAUCAAGAACUGCCUGGGUCCUGUAACAGCAGAAAAUGGACAAUCAGAUGCAAGAGGCUGAAUGAUAAUUCACAUGAGGAAAGGAAAUUCAACCCACGUGAACCAAAUUUCUUGCCUCUUGUUCCAGAACCAGAUGCAGAAAAGGUUGAUCUGAGGCAUCAAAUGAUGGAUGAAAGGAAAAAUUCAGAGGAGUGGAUGUUAGAUUAUGCACUUCGACAGGCUGUAACUAAACUUGCUCCAGCUAGAAAGAGGAAGGUUGCAUUACUUGUUGAAGCUUUUGAAAAAGUUAUGCCAGCACCUUUUUCUCAUGGAAGACCCAUUCAAGCUUGUAGCUGAUGCAGGUUGUUGAGAUAUCAGGAAAGGAAGCAACUUAGGUGAAUAAUAUCUACAAUGUCAGUCAAGCAGAAGGUAUCAUGGUAGCAGGCCAAUAGAGUGGCUAACUGGGUUGUUAACAAGGGUUGAGAAGAACUGUAGACAAAGCAGCUUGAAGUGGCUGAAUGGACCUAAAUCAUAAGGUCUACUGCUUUCUCCUAGAUUAUGCAUCUGAAUUACAAAACAUGUCUAGUCCAACCUAUGAUAUUAUGAAGAGUACAAUUAUGUUGUUAAGUUGCUUUACUUCAUCUGUUUCAUAUUUAUCACUUGGCAGUAUAGGGGAAACUUUUACCUCCAUAUAUAUUAUGCACUGUUGCAGUUGAAUUUAU